CAUAAUAAAGAAACGGUGCGUUUCGCUCCUUCCGGUUCUCUACUCUUCCUGCCUCCUUGCUCUAAACUUCCAUUUCCCCCUAGCUUCUGCGGCUCCACGCAGAUCUGACAGAGUUUUCUUCCUCUGCUGCACUUUGAAUUGAACUACACCAAGUCCUUCUCAGCUCCAAUCAUCACCAGGAAGAUCAUAACCCUAGAUCUAAACGGUCAAUCUCUCACCGGUCCCGGAAAAUGGUGCUGGUAUCGGCAGUACGGGAUUACAUAAACCGGAUGCUGCAGGACAUUUCCGGCAUGAAGGUUCUCAUCCUCGAUUCCCAAACGGUUAGUAUCGUAAGUGUUGUCUAUUCACAAUCAGAGCUUCUUCAGAAGGAAGUAUUUUUGGUAGAACUGGUAGAUUCCAUUUCCAAGUCAAAAGAAUCUAUGUCGCAUUUGAAAGCAGUUUACUUCCUUCGCCCUACACCAGAGAAUAUUCAGCAUUUGCGCCGGCAAUUAGCUAAUACUAGAUUUGGGGAGUAUCACCUAUUUUUCUCCAACAUGUUGAAGGAUACCCAGAUUCAUAUUUUGGCCGAUUCAGAUGAGAAUGAAGUUGUACAGCAAGUUCAGGAAUUUUAUGCAGACUUUAUCGCUGUUGAUCCUUAUCAUUUCACACUAAAUAUUCCUUCAAAUCACAUUUAUAUGCUCCCAGCAGUUGUAGAUCCUUCAGGUUUGCAGCACUUCUCUGACAGAGUUGUUGAUGGUAUCGCAGCAGUUUUCUUGGCAAUGAAACGAAGACCUGUUAUCCGAUAUCAAAGAACCUCUGAUAUUGCAAAAAGGAUAGCACAAGAAACAGCAAAGUUGAUGUACCAGCAGGAAAGUGGUCUUUUUGAUUUCAGGCGAACAGAAGUUUCUCCAUUAUUGCUGAUAGUUGAUCGAAGGGAUGACCCGGUGACUCCUUUGCUGAAUCAGUGGACCUAUCAGGCUAUGGUUCAUGAAUUAAUAGGAAUUCAGGACAACAAAGUGGAUUUGAGAAGUAUUGGCAAGUUUCCAAAAGAUCAGGAGGAGGUUGUCCUGUCGUCAGAGCAAGAUGCCUUUUUUAAAGCUAACAUGUAUGAGAAUUUUGGAGAUAUUGGAAUGAACAUCAAGCGGAUGGUGGAUGAAUUUCAGCAAGUUGGAAAAAGUAACCAAAACAUCCAGACAAUAGAGGACAUGGCCAAAUUUAUUGAUAAUUACCCUGAGUACAGGAAAAUGCAUGGCAAUGUUUCAAAGCAUGUAACAUUAGUAACAGAAAUGAGCAAGAUAGUUGAAGAACGAAAGCUCAUGUUAGUUUCAGAAACAGAACAGGAGUUGGCUUGCAAUGGUGGGCAAGUUGCUGCUUUUGAGGCUGUGACAAAUCUUUUAAACAACGAAAGUGUGUCUGACAUUGACCGUCUCCGCCUGGUGAUGUUAUAUGCCUUGCGGUACGAAAAGGAGAGUCCUGUUCAAUUGAUGCAGCUUUUCAACAAGCUGGCUUCUCGAUCUCCCAAGUACAAGCCUGGGCUUGUCCAAUUUCUCCUGAAGCAAGCAGGUGUGGAUAAGCGAACUGGGGAUCUUUAUGGGAAUCGAGAUCUUUUGAAUAUUGCUCGUAAUAUGGCUCGUGGCUUAAAGGGAGUUGAAAAUGUAUACAUCCAGCACCAGCCUCUACUCUUCCAAACCAUGGAAAGCAUAAUCAAAGGGAGGAUGAGAGAUGUGGACUACCCUUUUGUUGGGAAUCACUUUCAACAGGGAAGGCCACAGGAUGUGGUUAUUUUCAUUGUUGGUGGGACAACAUACGAGGAGUCUCGUUCAGUUGCUUUGCAAAAUGCUAGCAAUUCUGGAAUUCGUUUCAUACUUGGUGGUUCUGUAGUUCUUAAUUCAAAGAGGUUUCUGAAGGAUCUCGAAGAAGCUCAGAGGAUAGCACGAUCCAGCACCAGUGUUGUUUGAAGUUCAUGCGCCCUUUUAUACAUAGCUUUUUGAGAGCCAUGUACAUAUUUGUUUGCGGCUUUACAUGGGACAAAUGUUCAGAUGGCUAGGAGUGGGCGUAGAUUUGCUACAAUGGAUGAUGGGAGAUGUCAGCCCAUUGUUACUGUACAAGCAGGUAUAAUCUUCACCCGCUUGCAUGAGAGUUGCAAAGUGAAGAGUCUGCGGAGGCCUAAAGCCAUGUAAAUUCAUGGUGAAGGAUGUAGUUAUCUACCCUUACUGUCCCACCAGAAAAUGAAUAUUCAACUUUUAUACCAAUUUUGGGCCACCAUGCAGUUGCCUGAUGUCUAUAGUGACUUGGCAAAAUUUGUAUGUUUCUACUGUGGAGUACAGAACAAAGAAUUAUAAUUUCACACACAAAAGAAGGAACCUACAUUUCUGUUCAUUAA